GCACCAGUUCAUCUCAUGACUCUGUCACAGCUGCAUCUGUGCGCACCACCACACCGCUGGCACGGCUCGACCCAGAACCAGAACCAGAACCACAACAACGCGGGCGCCGUCAGAUCUCAGAAACCCAAACACCCAGCGGGAUCCGGCCUCUGGCUGCUGAAAAACAAACCAAACGUGGCAACAAAUCGCGGACAGCGCAGAAGAAGGAAGCAAAACCAACCCUUCCAUUCAAAGCCCCGAGAAUUUCAAAAAACACUAACAGCUUCCGCGAUACAAGCAUCGGCUUCGUCCCUCUGCGGUUCUGCCUCCUCCAUUUCGUCUCCUCUCCUCUCCUCUCCUCCCCACUCCUCUCUCUCUCUUUCUCUCUUCCCCAGCUCCGGCCGCCCCGUCGCCGCAGCCGUCGCGUCUGCUGCUAGCGCUGUGCUCUCCGGCGCCACCGUGGCCGCGGGCGAGCUCGAGAGCGCUUCGGCCUCCUCGCCAACCCCAUCGACACCUGUAACGCGGAGUGGACAUGGGCCACGGCGGCGGCGGCGGCGGCGGCAGGAGGAGGCGCUCGAGGCGAUGAUGCGCGAUCGAGCGCGCGGGCUCUGGGCGCUGCUGCUCGUCGCCCUGGCGGCGGCGCCCUGGGCGGUGCUGGCGCAGGGGAACCUGACGUCGCGGUCGGAUCUCGCUGGGCUGUACGCGCUGCGGGGCUCGCUCGGCCUGAGGGCGCGGGACUGGCCGCGGCGUGCGGACCCGUGCACGGCGUGGGCGGGCGUGGGCUGCCGCGCCGGCCGCGUCGUCUCGCUCAACCUCGCCGGGCUGCGGCGCACGCGGCUGGGCCGCCUGUCCCCGCGCUUCGACGUCGACGGCCUGCGCAACCUCACGCGGCUCGAGGCCUUCAACGCCUCGGGGUUCGGGCUCCCCGGCUCCAUCCCGGCGUGGCUAGGCGACGGGCUCGCUCCCACUUUCCAGUCCCUCGACAUCUCCGCCUGCGCCGUCUCCGGGGAGAUCCCGGCCUCCGCGCUCGUGGGCCUCGGCAACCUCACCACCCUCAACUUCGCAGGCAACCAACUGUCCGGUCAACUCCCGGCCACCGCGCUCUCGAGGCUAACGCGGCUCAGGACCCUCAACCUCUCGUCCAAUGCGUUUUCGGGCGCCCUGCCUGACGCGGUCUGGUCGCUCCCGGGGCUCAGCGUUCUGGACGUCUCUCGUAACAACCUCACCGGCGCAUUGCCCACGGCAGGGUUCGCGCUGCCAGCCAAUGCACAGGUGGUGGAUCUGUCGUCGAACUUGUUCUAUAGCGGCGUGCCAGAGACCUUUCGCCGGCUGUUCGCCCAGUUGCUGCUGGCCAAUAUUUCUGGGAACUACUUCGACGGCAAGCUAGGAGUGUCCGAUGGUGGUGGUGGGCCUGGUGGCAAUGUUUCGUUUCAAUCGAAUUGCUUCCUUGACGUUCUGGGACAGCGUACCCAGGCUGAUUGUCAGCAGUUCUAUGCCAAGCGUGGCUUGCCAUAUGAUGGUCCAGUUAUCCCACCCGCACCACAGCCUGCACCUUCACCGGCAAGGAAGAAGAACAGGAAUCUGAAAUACAUACUGAUCGGGGCCAUUGGUGGAAGCCUCCUGCUGAUAGCCGGGGUUGCAGCCAUUGUGUUCUGCUUUGUGUGUUCUGUGAGAACAGGGAGGACGGAUGGUCAGAGGGAAAGUGGGGCAUCACCAAGUGCACCAGCACCAUCGGUAGUGUCAGCUACCGGCACAGCUGCAGCUACUGGUGGCACACACCCUUCUGCAUUGUCCACAAACAUGGCGAAAGUCGGCGAUUCAUUUGCUUACGACCAAAUUGCCAAUGCCACAUCGGGAUUUGGGGAAGAGAGGCUCAUCAAGCAUGGUCACUCAGGUGAUCUAUACCAUGGUGUGCUCCAAGACGGGACUGCCGUGGUGGUGAAGAGGAUCACUUUGCGCGUGGCUCGGAAGGAUGCCUAUAUGGCAGAGUUAGAUUUGUUUGCUAAAGGAUUGCAUGAAAGGCUGGUUCCUUUCCUGGGUCACUGCCUUGAUAAAGAAGAAGAAAAGGUUCUUGUGUAUAGGUUUGUCCGAAAUGGUGACUUGUCAAGUGCACUGCACAAAAAGUCAAGGGAGGAAGAUGAAGGCUUGCAAUCUUUGGACUGGAUAAAGAGGUUGAAGAUUGCAACGGGAGUAGCUGAGGCUCUUUGCUAUCUGCAUCAUGAGUGUUCUCCACCGAUGGUUCAUAGGGAUGUGCAAGCCAGCAGCAUCCUUCUUGAUGAUAAAUUUGAUGUACGCCUUGGUAGCUUGAGCGAGGUGUGUCCUCAAGAGGGGGAAGGUCACCAAAAUGUUAUCACAAAGCUGUUAAGAUUUUCUUCGACAGCAGAUCAAGGUUCUUCUGGUUCCCCAUCUGCAACUUGCCCAUAUGAUGUCUAUUGUUUUGGAAAAGUUUUACUGGAGCUGGUGACAGGGAGACUUGGAAUCAGUGCAUCAAAUGAUGCUUCCACAAGCGAGUGGCUUGAUGCCACCCUGCGGUACGUCAACAUUUACGAGAAGGAGCUUAUGAGCAAGAUCAUUGAUCCAACGCUUAUCAUUGACGAGGACCAUCUGGAGGAAGUCUGGGCAAUGGCGAUUGUUGCCAAGUCCUGCUUGAAUCCUCGGUCCUCUAAACGCCCGCCAAUGAAGUACAUCCUAAAAGCACUAGAGAACCCUUUGAAGGUGGUGAGAGAAGACAAUGGCAAUGGCUCGGGCAGGUUAAGAGCAACAUCGUCACGGGGUUCAUGGAACGCUGCACUCUUUGGGAGUUGGCGGCAUAGCUCGUCUGAUAUAGGGCCUUCUAGGGAGGACAACAUUCUGAAGCGCUCAGAGACAAUCAAAUCGUCUGGCGGGAGCAACGGGGACCAUUCAUCCUCCCGCAGGAGGCAAUCCAAGGAGAUCUUCCCCGAGCCGUCCGGCUCUCGUGACACCGAGGAUUAAGCAUGAAGGAGAAUCUUUUUACGAAUCAUUUUUCGGUAAGGCGGGAGUCCUUAUGAAGGAGGGCUCUGUUAGAAGCUCCGCUUGCUGCUUCUAUAGAAUUCUUUCGUCCAAAAAAGUCACAAUGGCUUCACACCAGCACACCGGCGCCAUGGUAAUCAUUUUUGGGUUAAGUAGCAAUGGUGGCAUGUACGUUGGUGUACCAAUGGCAUGCAGUUGGCGCCAGUGUAAAAAUCUUCACAGUUGGAAGUCUGGUGUCUCUUCUGUCCAUUUUCUCGUUUCUGCUCCUCUCGGUUAAAGAAAGAAUGGCGAGCUGAUUCUUUUUCUUCUCCCUUCUGUAAUUGAUUGUUUCAUUGUUCAUCAUAGAGGAAAUGUUCUUUUUAUUCAUGCUUGCCAUAUUUUUUUUCAA